AUGUUCAAACUAAACUUAUUCAACACCCCUUUCAAUUUUUGGAAACAAGCUGCUGCCGUUAAUGCCCCAGAAAACACGAAACAACCAAUCAACAACAACAACAAGAUUGACAAGACAAAAGUCAUCUCAAUGAACCAUAACGAAGAAGGUGACUUUGUGGAGGUUGAUAUCAAGAAACUAUCCUAUGCUGAAGUGGCUGCCUUGAGCAGAACAUCUAAACCCCAUCAAAUUAAACACGAUGGCAACAAGGGGAACAAUAACAACAAGGACAAAGUUGAUUCUAGUGACGUUGUGGAUGUGAAUGAAUUAGAACGUGAAGUUACUGACUAUCAAAUGUCAAGUGUCUUGAGUAAAAACGUGUUGAGGAAACAAGUGGAUGCAUUAGAUAAUGCUGUUGGUGAUGUUGAUGAUGAGUCAAUGGGGUUGGAUGAGGAAUUCAAUGAUAAAUCAAAUAGACGUUCCAAGAAAUCAAAGUUUUUGAAAAAGGGUAAAUGA